GGAGUUUUAACGCAUCUCUCUCCUGAACCACUACCAUCCCCCUUCCGCACAACCCUCACAGUCCGUGCGCCAUCCUUCCUCAUCUUCAUCCCCCCUCCCGCAAGCUCACAACACCUCAAAUCUUUUUCUAUAUCCGUCACAAUAAGCCAUGUCCGCUACUAAGAAGUCUACCAAGUCCUCUGCAGCCAAGAAGGCUGUUGCUCGGCCUGCGGCUUCGCACCCGACUUGGAUCGAAAUGAUCAAGGAAUGUAUCAUUGACCAUAAGGAGGAGGCCCGCCAAGGCGUGUCUCGUCAGAUGAUCAAGAAGUAUGUAGAGGAGAAAUAUAGCCUCGAAAUCGGUAACGCUCAGGUCACCCAGCUCAGCCGAGCAAUUACGGGUGGUGCUGAGAAGGGCGUCUUCGUCCUUCCCAAGGGACCUUCUGGCAAGGUCAAGUUGCCUCCUAAGACGACUCGUCCCGUCGAUACUUCCGCUAAGGAGAAUAAGCCUGAACCGAAGCCUGCUGCAAAACCCGCGGCUAAACCUGCUGCUAAAGCAAAGACCACGACAACAAAGGCUGAGAAGGAAAAGCCCACGAAGGCUGUCAAGGCUGCGAAGAAGCCUGUUGCAGCAAAGGAGAAAGUCGUAAAGGAGAAGCCUUCUGCCAAGCCUGCCAAAACCAUUACUAAGAAGGCACCUGCAGCUAAGGCUGUUACGAAGGCGAAAGCUGCUCCUGCAAGGAAGGCUGAGACAAAGAAAGCACCUGCUAAGAAGGCUGCUCCUCCUGCGAAAAAGACAACUUCGAGAAGGGGUGCGGCUAAGAAGGCUAUCACAGGCACAUCCGCUACAACCAAGGCAAAGGCAGCUGCUAAGAAGGCACCCGCAAAGAAGGCGGCUGCGACCAAAGCAACUACUACGAGCUCACGGAGCGCCAGGGCGGCGAAGAGGGCAUAGACAUCCCGACCCUGGCCCACACGACUGUCCUAUCUUUUUCUUUCCGUCUUCGUUCCUGUUUCGAUCAUUUUCUCUCUUUCUCCUGUCUCUAGUAUCUGUCCACAGAAAUGGUGUGCUACUAUCAGUCAUAUUUUACGAACUCUAUGGUACUCGUUUCCCGGCGUUGUCUUUAUCUGUCCUGCUACUAAAGAUUCGUAUGUAUGUCUAUGUAUACGUAUGUCGAUUUCCUUCCCUCUUCGUCCUUGCAUCAUAUUUCCUUAUGAUAGAAUGGGGAGGCUGUGCGUGGGGCUGACUGGAAACAUGCGCUCCUGGUCAUUAGUUUUGGACUCGUGGUUAUGAAGUGUAUCUGACUAGUAGUAAUUUAUGGGCAGAGGAUUUUAUUAUUAUUCGUAUUGACGCAAAGAAUGCAUUCGUUGAUUGGUGCACUC